GAAACAGAUCGGUCAAAAAUCAGUGUGGGCAAGGGGUCCGUAACGAUGCGAAUAACCUCUGGGUGUGUGGAACCUCCAGAAGCUGACUUGCCACUCAUUGAAGAUUCCCGACAAUCGACCAGCCCUGAGCUGCCAAGUUCAAAGACAGCUGCAGAUAGUUGGAUGCCACCUUCAGCUGGCGACACAAAUGGAGAUGCCACGUCAUCCUCGCUGGCAGCUAAAGGAUUUCGCAGUGUGCGGCCACAUCUGCCAACCGAUUACAAACCACAACUUCAGCCACCUCCUAUCCCCCCAACCCCUAAGGAAGAGAGCUUUGCAUGGCGUCCACCGAACAAGGUUAAGCCAUCUUAUUUUGCACCAGUCCCUAUUCUGGAAUAUGUCCCUAUUAGACCGGAGCAGCUGCCCACACAGAAACAUUCUGCACUGCCUAACGUUUACAUUGAGGACCCCUCUUCCACAGGCUCUAAUGCCAAAUCAAAGUCCACCAUUUGCUCAGCCAAGGUAACGCUGCAUGUCGUCCAGCCUGUUGCUCACAGCAACCCCUCACCGCAGGACUGGGUAUUGGAAUCUGAAGCUACCCUCCAGUCUGCCAGUUGGUGUGCUGGCCCUGCUGCCAGGGGUUCUGUCCCAGGGAGAAAGGUCAGCAAUCUGUACGUACCCUGUUUGUCCAGAAGCACUAGCUCUCGGUCAUCCAGGGACAGCACCUGCGAUGCACCUGAGGAAGCGGAUAUGCCCGCUGCACCAGCCACCGGAGCCCAGCUGCUUGUGCCAGCCACCGCUGAUUCUCCCCCACUGGUUCCCUGCAAACCAUCGCUUCAGGUUUUCUUGCCUAGGGUCAAGAUUGGCGGUGCCCAGACUGACGACUCGCUCUCAGAGCCUCGAUUGCAGCCCGGGAGCGCAGCGCUGGAUCAGGAACAAGCGUCCGGCAUGGACAGUCUGAGACCAGACAGACAGGCACAUCCCACCACCCACCAGAGUCCCCCUCAAAGGGCCGACACCUCCAGUGUGGAUGUUCAGUCCACAAUAAGUGAAGGAGAAUUGCCUUGUGCGAGUCUGGAGUCACAUCCUGGCCUUGUCUCAUCUAGCAGGCUUUCAGCCUACCCUUCCACCACCUUUGUGAAUCCUACCAUCGUCCUGCUCCAGCACAAUCGAGGUAAGCAAUAG